CCGCCCCAGACAAAGGAAGAGUAACUCUGGAAACUGUGUUAUCAGCAUCCUCCAUGGACUUCCUCACCUCCUCCCCAGCCCCGUUCGCCCCAAGCUUCUUAGCAUCCUCCGACAGGAACCGGGGAGCCUGGGAUGGGCUCAGCGCCCUGAAGCCAGCCCCCUGUCUUUUGCCAAGACCUAACCCCUGCGCAGCCUUGAGUGGGCAGCUGAAGGCUGUGGCCGGAAUCCUGAGCCUGAGAUGGAACCCCAGCUGGGGCCUACGGCUGCCAGCCUCUGCCCGGGCCGGCUGCACCUGCUGCUGUGGGUCUCAGCCCUGAGCUGUUGCGUUUCCUCGCUGGCUUCUCCCUCUCCUUCUCUGGUGCCCCGAAUCAGAACCAGCUACAAUUUUGGAAGGACUUUCCUCGGUCUUGAUAAAUGCAAUGCCUGCAUCGGGACAUCCAUUUGCAAGAAGUUCUUUAAAGAAGAAAUAAGGUUUGACAGCCGGCUGGCCUCCCGCGUCGGACUGCCUCCCGACCCCCUACCUUCUUACCCUGCAAAUUACUCAGAUGAUUCCAAAACCUGGCGCCCUGUGGAGAUCUCGAGGCUGGUCAGCAAACAGGAAAGUGACAUCUCGGACAGGAGAAUCUGUGCCUCUGCGGCAGCCCCAAAGACCUGCAGCAUCGAGCGCAUCCUGCGGAAAACAGGAAGGUUCCAGAAAUGGCUGCAGGCCAAGCGCCUCACGCCGGACCUGGUGCAGGGCCUGCCCAGUCCCUUCCUGCGCUGCCCGUCACAGCGACUCCUGGACCGUGUGGUCCGACGCUACGCCGAGGUGGCCGAUGCUGGCAGCAUCUUCAUGGACCACUUCACGGACCGCGACAAGCUACGUCUGCUCUACACGCUGGCUGUCAACGCGCAUCCCAUCCUCCUGCAGAUCUUCCCCGGCGCCGAGGGCUGGCCGCUGCCCAAGUACCUGGGCUCCUGCGGCAGAUUCCUGGUCAGCACCAGCACCAGCCCUCUGCGGGAAUUCUACGGCGCGGCCCCGGACCAGGCGGCUGACCUGGCCUACCAGCUCCUCGGGGUCCUGGAGUCCCUGAGGAGCAACGAUCUGAACUACUUUUUCUACUUCACCCACGUCGAUGCGGGCACGUUUGGCAUCUUUAACAACGGGCAUCUGUUCAUCCGGGAUGCCAGCGCCUUGGGCGUCAUCGACAAGCAGGAAGGCAGCCAGGCGGCCGCCGGGGCAGAAGAGAGUCCAGACAUCUUCAGCUGCCUGGUUUCCGGCUGCCGGGCCCCGCUGCCCUCCUGCGACGCCGUCCCCGAGAAGCAAAGCCUGGUGCUGGUGUGUCGGCGGGUGCUGCCUCAGCUUCUCCAGGGCAAGUUCCCCUCCCCCGUGCAGGACGAGAUAGACGCCGCCCUUGCUCGGUGUGGGGAGGAUGCCAGCCCAGACCCCGAAGUCCUCGGGGCCGCCAGCCGCCUGAAGGACCUCUUGAGGCCCCUGAGAACCUGCGACCCCAGAUUCGCCUACCGCUACCCGGAUUGCAAGUAUAAUGAAAAGUUCUGAGGGGCCCGGGGCCUUUGGUGGCCCGGUGGGGACCACAUCCUUGGCUCCUCCCCCCCCCCCCCCCCAGUCGCGUGGCUGCAGGGUGCAAAGAGGCGGCUGUGUCCCCAGACAUUAGGAGAAAUGCACGUUCAUCUCCCAGGACCCGAGGAACCUGCUGACAGCCAGAGGGGGCUUGUGUCACACGAUGUGAUUGUCCCAGGGCCAGGCGGUGGCAGACUCGGGUGUGGACACUCCCUGGACCUCUCGGAGCUUCAGUGUCCCCUGUUCUCCAUCAGACUCACGAGUUCGUGAAAGAAGACAGGGGGAUGUGAAGGGUCACAGACACCUGCCGGUGGUUACAGAAUGUUCCAGAAGUGUGCGCAGGCAGGGCAAAUGAGACAGAGCCGUGGAGGUGGGGGCCGUUGGGAGGGAAGGCAGGGGGAGGGGGAGGCCCUCUGGCCAAGACCCUGUUAGACUCCAACCAGAGGGGCCCCCUGCCUGCUCUCUGUGUGCUCACACUGGCCCUCCUGCCGUGCUCCCCACACUGCCACCGGUCGGGGGGAGGAGACCCAUGGACAGGGCCACACUCCGGGUGAGCCAAGAGUGAGAAGCGAUGACGGGUGGGCUGGGGAGGGGGGGCGAUGUGUCGGUCCAGGAGCUCCGAGAAGCAGGUGUCAGGACAGGGGUGAGAGGGGCGAGAAUCGGAUUCAAAAAGAUGCCCGCGUGGAAGGCAAGAAGGAGCAACUCAAGUCUGAGCCCAAGUGAGGGAGAGACGGUCAGCUGCACAAUCUAAAGGAAGGUUCGGCAGGGCUGCUGGGGUUUCCUGGAGGACAAGCCAGCCGUCAGAGGAGCCCCGAGUCUCCCCAGGCCAGACGGCCCUUAUAUCCCGGCUGCACUCGGUCGCUGGCAGGAAAACAGCCUGCCACGAGCGUGGCCUUGGCCUAACCGCCAAGAUGGAUUUCUCCCUGGAGCAGGAGGUCUGUGAGGACACCGCAGUCACAGCCAGGGCCCCAGGCCAGCUCUGUCAUCACCAACAGCCUCCAGUGCAGGAGGCUAAGGAGUCUGAGAAUGUGCAUUCCAACUUGACCUUACAGGUCAUUAUAAAAAUUUUGGUGGUGGUGGGGGGGCGCCUGAGUGGCUCAGUCCAUUAAGCGUCUGACUCUUGACUUCGGCUCAGGUCAUGAUCUCACAGUACGUGAGAUCGAGCCCCGCGUCGGGGAAUGUGCUGACAGCACAGAGCCUGCUUGGGAUUCUCUGUUUCCCUCUCCCUCUGUGCCCCUCCCCCUGCUCGCGUGCUCUCUCUCUCUCUCUCUCCCAAAAAUAAACAUUUAAAAAAUAGUUUUUCAAGGUCAGCCAACAAAACAUACUCUA